AGCUGCACUUUGACACGCAAAAAUGCAGUUUAUCAACUACUGCUGUUAUUAAUAAAACUCUUCAUGGUUAGAAAAGACUGUUUGCAGUAUUUUGAUACUGAACAUCUGUUUCACAAGUGCCGCUAUAGUCGCUAGUAAGGCAUACCUUUUUAAAAAAACAAAAAAAAAAAACUGAUACUAGCAUUGUGAUGCUAACUGAGCAGCACAACUGAGCUAACAAUAACAACAUGGCACAAGUUCGUCCUCCGGGAUCGAUCGUCGUGGCUGACUGGCAUCGAUGUAAAGACAGCAAAGAAUAUUUCAGCAAAAUUUUGCACAAGAAGAGACGCAAAAACUUUGGCCUGUUGGAAUCUCCAGUGAUGCCCCCACAUGUAGCUGUGGACACGGUUCACUACAAGAUCUUCAUCUCUGGCAAGAGUGGCGUUGGAAAAACUGCUCUUGCUGCACGUCUUGCAGGCCUGAAUACUCCUAUCAUGCACUAUGAAACCACAGGUAUCGAGACGACAGUAGUGUACUGGCCAGUGAAGCUGAGAGAAAGUGGCAGAGUGAUUUUUUUCCGUCUACAGCUGUGGGACUGCGGAGAGAACGCCUUGCGUAGAUUCGACCAUUUGCUCCCAUCCUGUAAGGAGCAGGUGGACGCCGUGCUUUUCCUCUUCUCCUACACUGACAGGACAUCCUUUGAUGAUCUCUCCAAUCAGAUUGCUAAGUGGACUGCGACAUCUGGCAGUCCUGUUGUGAAAUUGGUGGUUGGCACCAAAUUUGACCUUUUCAUGCACUGUGAUGUGACAGAGAGAGACGUGAGGAACUUCCAGGAGACGUGGAGCUUACCGCUGCUGCGUAUGGGCGGGGAGGUCAGUGACGGGCUGGGUGACGUAGCCCCACUCCUCAACUGCCUGGCAGAGAACCUGUGGCAUCAGGACUGUGUUGCAGCUGGAUCGGCCAGCCACCAUUUGCAGCAAGAGACAGUGACUCACCUUUAAUACAGAACAUGAUUUUUAGGAGGCAGUUGGAAGUGGACAGUUAAGGUCGCCUCCCAGAUGUCUGCCUUUGUGGUGUUUUACACUUAGCCACUGAUCUGGGAGAUGGGAGCUUCACACAUCUCAGGAUGAGACUUGAAAUAAUGGACUAUUUCAUUUAAUGCUAUGAUCACUUGAUGUCAAGAUUGAUUUGUUAUGCUGAAAUGUCUUAAAUUCUCAAUGUGAUAUGAGGUCAGGUGUGGUCAUCCCAUACUGUGGAUAUAUUAUGAUAAUAAAGCUAGAAUGCUGUGUUUUUCCUUUA